AUGUUGACCCAAGAAAGAGAUGAAGAGCUUAUUUUGUUCCUGGAGAUACGUCGUCACGAGAAAGGUCACCAAGGAUCUGAUAACAUUAGUAGUACGACCAGGACGAUGUCGUCUCAACAAUGUACUCGCCGGAGAACUGCCGCUGAUAACUUCUUGUACUCCGAGAACGAGAAGUCCGAUUACGAUUGGCUAGUUACACCACCAGGCUCACCGAGUAAAAGCCUAACAAACCAACUCGAUGCGCCGGAUGUUAACCCGAUGGCUCUUGAAUCACGGUUACUGAACUACCAUGAAGAAGAGAGGGACAACAACAUAGCACCCAAAAGCCAAACUAUUGGGCUCAAACGACCUUCGUCCUCUCAUAGCUCAAGGUCAACGAGUACACCUUCCACACCAACCAGAAGGUCUACAACUCGAGCCACAAGGUCAACAACACCAACCACACGUGUCACCUCAACAACGGCACGUGCCACAUUAACCUCGUCCUCCACUAGUAGCUCAAGAUCAACGAGCAGACCAUCUACACCAACCAGAAGGCCUUCUAGCUCUGGAACCUCACGUGCCACCUCAACAGCUGCACGUGCCACAUUAUCCUCGUCCAUUCGUAGCUCAAGAUCAACUAGUAGACCUACACCAACCGAUAUAGCUUCUAGCUUUGGAACCACGCGUGCUAACUUAACCGCUGCACGUGCCACCACCGGUUCAGCCACCUCUACUCGACCCACGACCCGGCCAAUAUCGGCACCAAAUUCCAAACCGGGAUCGAGGACAAAUACUCCAACUCGCCGUCCAUCAACUCCGACCGGUUCAUCAACUCCAUUGAGGAGUAAACCAACUAAACCGAUGAGUAUACCGGUUCCCUCUCCAAUAUUGAGAUCAAGGCCAUGGGAACCUUACGAGAUGCCUGGUUUCUCUCUAGAAGCACCGUCCAAUCUCAGAACUACGUUACCGGAUAGGCCACAAACCGCUUCAAGUCGCAUAACCAGAGCGUUUGGUACGUCUAGUGGUGGUUCAAGAUCAUCAUCCAUAGAGCGCAGCGUUGCAAAAAGGCAGUCUUGUUCGCCUUCAAGAAACCGAGCUCCGAUUAGAAACGUUAAUGGGAAUGUUCCUUUGUUACGUGGACGACGAGGAAAGACGAGCAACAACGAUGAUGGUGGCUUGAUAAGUCCUGUGGCUAUGGAGAACCAAAAGGUCGAUAAAGUUGUGAAUAUGAGAAAAUUUGCUCCACCGCAGCUGACGGAAAAAGGCGGUAGAGGAGAUAGUGACGGUGGCGUGUCCACCGCUGGAAAGUCGAGCUCAAAUGAUGGUUUUGGGUUUGGGAGAAAUCUAUCUAAAAGCUCCAUCGAUAUGGCCUUGAGACAUAUGGAUGUUAAACGAGGAAGCAUGACGGGCAAUUUCCGACCGAUAGUGACGAAAGUUCCGGCAGCUUCAUUGUACAGUGUGAGACAGUCAGGGAUCAGGAGAAACCGGCCGGUCAGUAGCAGCGGUAGCUCGGAAUCGAGUGUCAACAUUUUGUGCUUAGAUGACGAUAAUCUCAGCGACAUGAGCUACUCUUAG